CAACUAAUAUCGAAUCAUUUCACAGCAAACGAGGGAUUUUUUUACGUUUGUGUUGUGCAAUGAUUUUCAUUCUGAUGUUAAAAUAAAAAAUGGCUCAAUUUUAUUAAAAUUAUGUUUUUUUUAAUGAAAAGUAUAGGUCAAACUAAUUUUAUGAAAAGAUAGGAAACAUGCGUAGAAGAUCGUGUCAAAUAUAGAGAAUGAGAUAUUUAAAAAAUAGAAUUUACAAAAAUCAGUUAAUCAGUUAAUUCUAAAAAAAUAUAAGUUUUCGUCAAACUUUGGCCCUCAGACAUCAAUUUUCGACUCUCAAGCACCUAUUUUUGUCUGUAAGUCAGUUUUUUUACUCUUGUAAGAAUCAUAAUACAUUUACAAGAUAUUUGAGCAGAUCUAUGGCAACUGCAGUACAAAAAAGCAACAAAAAUCGUGUAGUUUCAUGAAUUUGAAUGAACAAUUAAUGAAAUUUAAUAACUUCUAAAGCCAGUUUUUACACCUCAAAAUCAUGCCACAGCUUUUCACACUCCAUUAAAACUUCCAAAAUUGGCAUUAUAUUUGUUAUAUUUUAAAUUAUAUCAAUGAACUUGUUAACUACUUUACAUAUAUUCUAAAAAUGGUUGCCUUAGAGGCAAUUUUGGCACACUGUGUGCCAUAGGAAUUGAAAAAAAUGUGCCUUAGAGACAGAAAUAAUUGAGUUAGAGCCAAAAGUUAGUCCUAACGACUGUAUUAUACACAAUCAGUCAAAUAUUUUAAACAAGAAAACAGAAAAAAAAACAGUAAGAAAAAUGAAAAAUGUAUUAAAAGUUACAAAAAUAAAAGAAUAUGGUACCAAACUACGACGACAAGAAGUAAAUUAAAAGGUGGAAUAGAAGAAGAUAGAAACCAGACAGUUCUUUGUGCAUUGCAAGAAUAUUGUAGUAAUCCAAAACUAUUAAAAAAACAGUAAAUAAACCAUUAAAUACAAAAAAAAACUACAUUGACCAGCAUUAAUGUUUGAUUCAAACAAGUAAAACAAAAUCCUGCAAGUAAUAUCAAACUUUUGAUAAGAUGAAGUAUCCCAUAAAGACAUAAAGAACAAUACAAGUGACAUUGCAAUAUUGUUAGUCUGAUUAGACGAUCGAUCACAUCACCCACCAACAAUCUACUAUCUAUCUUCGCUCAGCCUUUGCCACGACCCAAUGAGAAUCUGCCGAGAACGUCCUUCCGUGUCAUUCUAACUACAAUCUGCGCCGGCACUCCCGGAGCCUCAUCGGCACAGUCAUCUCGAUGCGCUUUGUUUGUUGUUUCUGGCGCGCAUUCGACGCUCUCGCACGGCGCGUCGCAGGACACAUUUUCAAGGGCAAAACGGUUGGCGUCCACCACCACCAAAGGGCGUUGGUCACGUUUCGUAACUUGACUUGCUACUCCACUUCACACCGGCCGAUCUCCGCGCUACUGCCGAAGCAUCCGUGGUCAAGUGCUCCCGAUGACUUGUUGGAAAUGUUUUCCAACUCCGCAGUGCGUAGCGAUGUGUGUUUGAGCAGCAUUACAAACUUUACUACCAGUUUCUCAGUUUCCCACCCGGCCCGGUUUCUUAUCGAUCAGGUUCCAAACACACACCUCAGAGGGGGGGCACCGAUCCCCGAUGUGUGCUGAGCGGGAGGGAUUUGUUUGCAGUUUGAUUUCUUCGACACACUUCAGCUGUACCAGGCUGAUAAGCAUGCAUGGAGGUUUUUCGGGGGAGGGGGUGUUUUUAUCGAUCGAUUGAUACUGGGAGUGGGGGAGAUACAUUUUACAGUGAUGCAAUGACCAUUCAGGAAGCGGUCAAAUAUGAUUAGUCGAUUGGAAAUAUAGAACAGCGACACAUUCGAUCAAGUGCAGCCGGAAGCAACUGGACCGUUCUAAACCAUCGCCAUGGCUCGAAAUCGGAAAGAUGAAGGUAUCUUAAAAAAAAUAGUCUAACAUUAUAUUCUACUAUUGCCAAACCAUUUCAAGUGUCAAAUAGAAAGGAGAAAAAACUGUCUCGCGUGUUAUUGAGCCGCAAUGAACUGGAAGUGUGUUAUGAAAUUGUUCAGAAAUUGUAGACCAGCUUACUACCAGAAUUACUAUCAUUGAGGAACAAAACUACCAGAAAUGAAGUGCGAGAGUGAACAAAAACUGAUGCAAAACCAUCCAAAAGGUGUGCCUUGAGCGAUCAUUUUGAAGAUCAGUUAGAAAAAAAACCUUUGUGUAUGCAACUUAUAAGCAAAAGCUACCGCUUUUGUAUGCUUACAGAAGCACUCCCAGUGGCCACAUUGCCUUUGUCUGCGUCUGUGAGUCAAGAUUUUUUGAUUUUGAUUUUUGAUUUUUUUUAAUCAAGAUUUUGAUUAUUAGCAAAUUUGCUGUGUGCAACAUGAGAUCGCCCCUGGCACCUUGGCUUCACCAGUUGUUGGCGUUUGAUAACACCGAAGGAUAUCGUCGCUUAAAUCGCGCACUAUUUAUGAACUAUGCACAAUUGGGUGUUUGUGUGUGUGAUGUGUGUGUGUGUUUACUGCUAUGAGGUUAGCCGAUGUUGGCAUUGAAAUUUGUGUCACAAGAAAAUUUUGCUCAAAUUUGCCCUCCCAUUAAGUCGGCAGCCGUUUAUUUUGUUCACAGUCUCCGCACCACGCUACCGUCCCUUUUCCCUUCGGUGAAGUAGAAGUCCUUCAUAUCAUUAGCUUUAUCACACACGCACACACUGGGUCAUAUUUAUGCAUAUUUUAUGCCAUUAACAUUUAUUACCGGCCAACAUUAUCUACAGGUGCAAGUUUCGGUGUAACCUUAUAUAAUUAAAAAAAAAAUAGAAAUGACAACAUAACAACAGAUUCAACACAAAAUUUCAUUUUUCGAAGCAAACAUUUUAAAUUUUUCUUUAAAUAAAUAAAAAAGAAUAAAUUUUCUAUUUUUUUUUUCUUUAAACAAUUCCUCAAUAUGCCAACAAUCGCCAAACGAUCUUUUAGUUUAGAUUAAUUACUAGUGAUCGUAGUGAAUCUAGUGCAAUCUGCAAUAUGAUAAGCGCCACACGUGUACAUGUGUUUUGUUUUUUCCCACCCUUUCUACCACACCCGACUGUUACAUCGCAACAGCCGUUCUCUUUAUUACACCCUUGUUUUAGGGUUGUAAUGGUGUAUUAAAAAAAGUGACCGACAUGAGAUUAUCGACUUGUGGAAGGAAAAAUCACGCCCAUAGGUGUAGUAAAACGUUAAAAUACUGUGUAAUUGUUUGUACAAAAAUUAAUUAUUCUAUAAUUAAAUUAAAAAAAUAAGAAUGUUGUGCUAAUUAAAUAAGUCACACUCACGCUCUUCCAUAAAUAGACAAUUAUAAGGGCAAUCAAACACAAAUAAAAGUGUGCUAGAACAGGAACAGGAGGUUCACGGUUUGUUUAUCUCUUGAUGAAGAAGAUAAGCAGACCUGCUGAUGCAUUAAUGCCAAAUUAAACAGCUUCAUCGUCGCCUCAUCCCUUAACGACCGCUGAUUUACACUACACCACUGCAAGAGAGAAGAGAGAGUGAGCAGGAGGGAGAAUGCUUUCGCACGCAAUUAGCACGUGAAAGACCGAGAGAGCUGCUUGUUGUUUACCUGUCUGCACUCUACGGCAGCGAAAGAGAGAUAAAGAGAGAGAGCGCGCGCGCACGCGAUGGCUUUGUGCAACAAGCCAACGCAACAGGUAAAAUCUCCAUUGCCGAGAGAGAGAGAGAGAGCGAGAGCGAGCGAAUCUCAGGCCGUGUGUACGACGGUUGUGUGCGUGCAGGGCUGUUUUUUGUGUGUAGCUGGUUGCCGCGUCAGUCAUGCGUGUAUGCGGCCGAACAGCUGCUGUGUAAAAUAAACACACCAAAAGGGACGGUAACGGGGGCACAAUUUCUAUCACCAGGCCGAGCAGAUUCGCAAAACACAUCGCCGAUGGUGGUGGUAGGAGUAGUGUAGUGUAGCAGCAGCACCACACACAGAAACCGUGUCACUUUAGCUCGUGAUUUGCUCGUUUGUUGUAAUGAUGGUGGCUUAGUUUAUUAGUUGGAUAAAAAAUGCACCGACCAAAGACGUGAAAGUGUUUUUUUCGUGCGGCAGCUAUCUUGGCUUCCCCCUCCCCUUUGGGGGGCACCGUGCAUCAAUGUAGUGAUUUGAGCAGUUUUCUUUGUUGUUUCUGUUCCACACUGCUUUUGUGUUCUGUGUAUCUCGUCAUCAUGCACUGUACAUGAGGCGCGUUCUCCACCGGGCACAAACAGCUUUAUCAUUUGCUUUAUUAAACCUCCCACCAAUGCCCCCCACUCUACCAUAUGGCACGAUAGUGAGAGUGGGCAGACCGCCAUACACGCGCGCACCACCCACCGUCUCAUGCAUUUCCGCUGCUGCUGUAGCAACGCGAAGGCUCUGCAUGACCAGCUAACGCCUGCCGCGUAACGCAUCGUAACGUGCCCAAAUCGAAUCUUGUAACGGCCCUCGCACACACGGGGUUGCAGCAAUCGAACCAAAGUAAAACCACCUCAAACACAAACGAUGCCGUUCUGCUGUGGUUGCUGCGGUGACGCCACGUCCCGAUACGAAUAUCGCCCGAUUGGAUUUCCACAGCAACCAAGUGGUUUCGGUGCGCGCCAUGUACAGACGCUGUUGCUGUUUUUCGCCCUCACCGUCGCGUACGCACUGCGCGUCAACCUGUCCGUCGCGAUCGUGGCGAUGGUCGACCGGAAGGCGGCCAACAAGGACUACGAGGAGUUCGACUGGGACGAGGAAACGAAAUCCGUCAUCCUGAGCAGCUUCUUCUGGGGCUACGUCGUGACACAGAUCCCGGCCGGCCAGCUGGCGCAGCGGUACGGGCCCAAGAUACUGCUGCUGUUCUCCAUCGGUGUCUGCUCGCUGCUGGCCGUGCUGACACCGUUCUGUGCCCAUGCCGGUGGUGCAAAGGCAGUAAUAGGGCUCCGGAUAGUGCAGGGCUUAAGCCAGGGCUUCAUCUUUCCCUCCACCCACACGAUGCUGUCCCGGUGGGCACCGGCAUCGGAGCGGGGCCGGCUCGGCACGCUCAGCUACGCCGGCGCCCAGUUCGGCACGGUGAUCAUGCUGGCCGUCAGCGGCGUGCUGGCCUCCUCCAGCAUGGGCUGGCCGAGCAUAUUCUACAUUUCCGGCGCGGUCGGGAUGCUGUGGUCGGUGGCGUGGUUCUUCUACGGCAGCAACUCGCCGGCCGACUACCGCGGCAUCGCACCGGAGGAGCGCGAAUUCAUCGAAAGCUCGUUCGGGCCGCAAGAUCACAGCAGGCGCAUCGUUACACCGUGGGUAGCGAUCCUGACGUCUGCGCCGAUGAUUGCGCUGACGGUUGCGCACUGCUGCCACAACUGGGGCUUCUGGACGCUGCUGACCGAGAUGCCCACCUUCAUGAAGGAGGUGCUCGAGAUGGACAUUAAAAAGAACGCGCUGCUGUCGUCGCUCCCGUACCUGGUGAUGUGGAUGCUAAGCUUCGUGUUUAGCCCGCUGUCCGAUUUCCUCAUCAAUCGGCAGUAUUUGUCGCGCGUGGCCAGCCGGAAGCUGUUCAACACGAUCGGGCUGUGGGUGCCGAUGGUGGCCCUGCUCGGGUUGGCGUUCGUGCCGAAGGGUUCGUCCGAUCUGGCGAUCGUGCUGCUGACGCUGGCGGUCGGCAUCAACUCCGCGACGUACCUGGGCUUCCAGGUGAACCAUAUCGACCUUGCCCCGAACCAUGCCGGCACGAUGAUGGGCAUCACGAACUGUGCGGCCAACAUCAUGUCGAUCAUUGCGCCGCUCAUCGUGGGGCAGGUGAUAUCGGACGCGACUGAUCCUAUUCAGUGGCGCCGAGUAUUCUACAUUGCCGCCGGAGUGUACUUCUUCGGCAAUCUUACCUUCAUCAUCUUUGGCAAGGCUGACAUUCAGCCCUGGAAUGAGUCAGAGUCGCCUAUCCCUCGCACCGUGUCCAAUGCAAACGAAACCCAAUCUGCGCGAAAUGCCCACAACACGGACGGUAACAACGCAAAUUACAGCGAUUAAAGGCAUCUCGCGGGGGCUGCUCUUGCUAGUCCACAACACAAAUACGCUCGCAAACACACAAACCGCCCAAUCGUCAAAUCGAAAUAUCAUUCCGAGGAAAGGAACUGAGUAGAGACGGAAGUGGAUGGGGAAGAACAUUACUUGUUACAGUCAUAUCAUUUAGUAUUAGGUAAGGAGAAACAAUUGCAAAAAUGGGAUAUUACACUACCGAAAUCCCAAAACAGAGAGAGAGAGAGAGGGAUGUAUUUUUUUAGCAAGCAAAGGCCUAAAAACGGGCCAAAGGGAUGUAUAAAAAAGGGAGUUGAAAAAAAUAACAUUUUGCUAACAUGUUGUUUUUUGUCAUCCCCUUUUCGCUAGCUGUACGCCAUCCAGUACAGCAUCCGUAGAAAGAUUGGCUAUAUUUAUAAACCGUUAUGCUAAUGAUAGUAAUAAUGAUAAUAAAAAUACUGAAAUACGACCAAA